ACCUGCUUUAAAUAUUUAACCUGCCAGUUAGAGUUUGUUCCAUUGGCUAAUUAAUUAUAAACACAUCACUGUAAAUACAAUAAGCUGAUACAUAUGCUCAUUUAUGUUACUCAGCAUAAAAGUUUUCAAGCUUUAUCAUGGAUCUGUUCAGCUGCUUCGCCAAUAGAUGUUCAUUUAUUUUUUUAAUAAUCAUUGGUUGUUCUUUGACUUUUGGGGAACACAAUGAAAAACAAUGUUCUUGUGGAAAAAAUUUAAAUAGGCAGAGUGGCAAUAAUGAACAGAAUGGAUUUUGUUCUCUUGAUGAUAGUCAAAAGUGUUCUUUAAGUAAAUUAGAGCAGGCUCCUGAUAAUUCUCAAGAUGAAAUGGUUUUAAUAAAAUCUGGUUCCUACUCAAUAGGAACAAACGAGCCAAUAUUUAUAGCUGAUGGUGAGGGACCUAAACGAACAGUAGUUUUAAAAAGUUUCCUUAUCGACAAGUAUGAAGUUAGUAAUCAAGAGUUUGCUACAUUUGUAAGUUCUACUGGUUACAAAACAGAAGCUGAGAAAUUUGGAGAUUCCUUUGUUUUUGAAGGGCUAUUAAGUGAAGAGACUAAAGCUGAUAUAAAAGAAGCAGUUGCACAGGCUCCAUGGUGGUUACCAGUAAAACAUGCUUCGUGGCGUCAUCCAGAGGGACCAAGUUCUAAUAUCUCUGGCAGAAUGGACCAUCCAGUUGUCCAUGUUUCAUGGAAUGAUGCAACCGCAUAUUGUAAUUGGUUGGGCAAAAGAUUACCAACAGAAGCUGAAUACGAAGUUACAUGCAGAGGUGGUCUAUCUGACAGACUCUUUCCUUGGGGGAACAAAUUGACACCUAAUAAUAAACACAGAGUAAAUAUCUGGCAAGGACAAUUUCCAAUUAAUAACACAGAGGAAGAUGGAUACUAUGGAACGAGUCCAGUAACAGAUUUUCUACCAAAUGUAUAUGGUGUCCACAAUAUUGUAGGAAAUGUAUGGGAAUGGACAUCAGAUUGGUGGAUAACAAAACAUUCAGAUGAAAUUCAGAUAGAUCCUGUUGGACCACCAAGUGGAACUGAGAAAGUAAAAAAGGGAGGUUCUUAUCUCUGUCACGAAACUUAUUGUUAUAGAUACAGGUGCGCAGCACGUAGCCAAAACACACCAGACAGUUCAGCUGGAAAUCUUGGCUUUAGAUGUGCUGCUUCAAUUUAAAACAAUAAUCUUAUUUUUUUGUGAAAUUCAAUAAUUUAAAAUUGACCUUUAUAAAUCAGUGCAUCUAUUGUAACAUGGCAUCCUCAUUUUAUAAUUUGAACAUCUUAUUUUCUCCAUAAUGGUUACCGUUACGCCACUAACACUAGUUUUCUUCAAAGCGGAUCAAUGCAUAAACUCAGCUUAACUGUGCUAUUAGCCAGAUACUUGCAUUUUGCACAUAAACGGAGUUGCAUUGAACCGCGUUAAAGAAAACGGGUUUUAGUUAGCGGCUCUAGGAAAAAAUAUCUAGGAUGUAUAAGAGGAAUCGAUAUAAAUAGGAAAUAAAUGACUACUCGAAUAAAUAUGCUGAGUCUGGCAAAAAAAAGAGAUAACUAAGAGGCAAGCAAAAUGGAAAGUGAGAGGAAACAGAGUGAAAGCAGGUGAAAGAUAGAUAGAAAGAAGGAAGUAGGAAAAUAAGGAAUAGGAGUAUGGAAGCACAUACAUAAAGAAACAAAGAAAUAAUAAAUAUAGUAAAAGCAAGCCAAGAAAUAGAUAAUACGGGAGCAUGCAAGCAAUCAAUAUGUAUAAGAGACGGGACACUUUUAAGUAUUCCCCUAAAUUCGGUUCCUACACGGUAUCUGUGCUCCGAUAAAUUUACCACUUUAAACAGUAACUUGCUUUAAAAGCAUUGUAAAUUUAUUAAAUAUAAUAGAAUUAAAAUCUCAUAUACAAAUAUAUUAAUAUUUACGUAUUAUAUAAAAAUCCAAUGAUUUUACAAAAUAGUUCAUAAGUCUCUCUUAAUAUAUUGAAUAGAUUGAGUGCUCUAUUUUAAGAACUAAUAGAAAUAUAAGUCCUUUUGAGAAUUCGGUCAUGUAUAUUAAAACAUAAUUAAUCGUCUUGUUUGACAAUCCAGUACGGAAGAUGAAAAAUGUAGAGAUUCGCGUGAUAAAUAAAGGAAAUUGAUUACCAUAUGCUAUA